AUGGGCCUGUUCAUGUUCGUGCCGCCCGAGUAUCUGCGGAUUCCGACCGUCGGCGUCUACCUCUGGGUCUUCUACGCUUGCCGCGGUCUCGACGUUGGUUUCUGUUCGGCUGGAAGAAAUGGAAGAUUCCCGGCUCCGGAUGCUAUCGGACUCAUGGCACUUCAACUGAACCUUGUCGGUGACCCCGAAGCUGAUGCCCUCCUCGCCGAGGACCCGUUGGCGUUGUUGAUCGGAAUGCUUCUCGAUCAACAGGUUCCGAUGGAAACGGCCUUCCUCGGUCCGAAGAAGCUGGCGGAUCGGCUCAGCGGUAUCGACGUCAGGCGUAUCGCCGACAUGGACACCGACGAGUUCAUCGCCAUCUGUGCCGAGCCUCCGGCUGUGCACCGAUUCCCCAAGUCGAUGGGCGAGCGUAUCCAGCUCAUGUGCCAGUUCAUCGUCGAGAACUACGACGGCGACACCGCGGCGAUCUGGACUUCGGGAAAUCCCGACGGCAAGGAAGUGCUGAAGCGGCUCAAAGCCCUACCCGGUUACGGGGAUCAGAAAGCCCGGAUCUUCCUGGCGUUGCUCGGAAAACAGAUCGGCGUCGAGCCGAAAGGUUGGCGCCAAGCGGCCGGCGACUACGGGCUCGAGGGGUCGAGGCGCUCGAUUGCAGACGUGGUCGACGAACAGUCUUUGCUCGAGGUCCGCGAGUUCAAGAAGGCCGCAAAGGCGGCAGCGAAGGCCGACAAGAAG